AUGCCAUCGUCGCGAGCUGCCAUCGCUCUGUCGUCACAGGAUGUAAUAGCAUCCAUUCCCUUCCCAACAAUCCCUAGUGGUCAUCGCCGCGUCGAGGCAACACCACCGCAGCCUUCCUCCGCGCCUCUCUCUCCCCCUCCCCCCCGAUGGACGCCAUAUCCCGUCCGCCCGCCGCCCCCCUCUCCGCGCGCCGAUGGGUGGUGGGGCACAAGAAGUGGGCUCCCCCUGCCGCCGCCCCCCCGCCUGCUUCCGCGUCCUUCGCCUCCUCUCUCGCCGACUCCUUCCUUCCAUCGCACGUUCCCUCCCACUCGUCGCACGUCCCGUCGCACCCGUCGCUCGCCUCGUCGCACCCGUCGCACGGCGGCAGCUGGGCCAACGGGAGCGUCGUGGAUGGGAGCUGCGGGUUUGAGGGGUCGCAACGAGGGCGCGCGGAGGAAGGCUGGUCGGGCGCGCGCAACAUCGGCGCGCGGCAUGACGGGGAUGCAGCGGUGCCGGGGGGAGCGCAAGCGGAUUCUGGGUGGCGGAAGCGGAAAAGGUAUUGCACGUGUUACCUGUCUUGUCGCGCUGCUGUCCUCGUGUGUGUCGCAAGCUGCUCGCGACGGAGAUUGCUCAUUGUUACUUCACCCAAUUAACGCCAUUCCUCGUUCCGUUCUUCUCACUCCACUCUCGCCCAUUCCCUCCGCUGCCCCCUUCUCUUCUCCCGUUUCUCCCCCUUCCCCUUCCCUCCGCCUCGUUUCGUGUUUUCUUCCCAACCCCAACCUUCCCACCCCCUCUUUCCCCCACUCUGCCCCCCUUUCCCCUCGCCUCCUGCCUCCCUUCCCCCCCGCUGCCUCCCCUUCCCCCCCGCUGCCUCCCCUUCCCCCCCGCUGCCUCCCCUUCCCCGCCCUGCCUCCCCUUCCCUCCCCCUGCCCCCCUCCCCCCCCUUCUCUCCCGGUUCCCGCCCCCGCCCCCCCCUCCCCUGCGAGCAGCCAUCUAUCCGACACUGCCGACGACUCCGCCUGUCUGACGGCAUCGCAUGGCUUUCACGCCCCCUCCUCCGCCGUGCCGCACGCCGCCGUCGCGCAUCCCGCCACCUCCCCCCCCGCGCACGCCACCCGUUGGGAUGUGCCUCUUUUCUCCGCCAAGCGCGCAUGCCUCGCGGCGGUCCCACACAGGCCCGCGGAAGGCGCGGCAUGGGCGGAGAGGCCAGGCGCGUGGGGGGAAGGGCCAGCGGCUUUCCAGGCGCAAGGUCGGGAAGCCGCUGCGGCGGCGGCGGCGGCGGCGGGGAAGGCGGAGGGCAGAGGCGUCGCGUGGCGGGCGCUGAGCGCGUCGUCGGUGGACUUCGCGCCGCAGCCCUUCCAGCCAAUCACAGAGUCGGAUCUGCUUUUGAAAGCGUCGGGCAGCGGAGCGCCGCUUGCGUUCGCCGUGGGCGCGGCGGCGGGCGCGCACGGCGACGGGCGCGGGGGGCUCCACCAUCCCUCUUCCUCCGCGCGCAGCAUCGGCGCUUCAAUGGAGAGCGGCGCGCGCACGCGGCGGGUGGUAUGCGCGCGGGGCAGGAAGCGGCGGGGAGCGGGGGGGGAUCCGGGACAGCAGGUCGCGAUGGCGCGGCGAGCGGGCGACGCAGGCGCUCUUAUCGAGGCGGGCGGAUGGGCGGCGGCGCAAGGGGAAGGGGAGCAGAGCUCGUGUGCGUAUGGGGGGGAAAGGGACGAUGCGGAGGACGGGGCGAGAGGGGAGGAGGAAGCGGAGAGGAGGGAAGGAGGAGGAGGAGUCGGCGCAGAGAGCGCUGCGCAACCGAGGCGGCGGAGACGGAAGGUGGGGCUAGUGGGGGUAGCGGAAGAGGGGGAGGUGGCGGAGGAGAGGGAUGGGGUUGCGGCGGCUGCGGAGCUGUCGUCCCUUCGUGGCGCGUCGUCCGCCGCGGGUGCGGCGGCAGCGCUAGGGAGCACCGCGAGGCGGCCUCCCCACGCGCAUGCGCCUGUGCUGGCAGGAUGUGGGGCGGUGGCCGGCGGGAGGGCGGGGAGUGCGAGCGUGGAGGGCGCUCGGCGCGCAGACGGUGCUGUGAGCGCAAACGCGUGUGCGCCGUCGUCCCCGGAGUGCCGCGCGCCCGAGGGAAGCAGCGGGGACAGCAGCGCGUGUGAGCGGGAGAGCACGGGGAGCGAGCAGCGUGCAGGGCGGAGGCGGAGCGCGCGAGUGCUGCAGGAGACUGUGAACGGCGCGCGCAACGAGGGGCUGCGGGACGAGGAAAGGGGGGACACGCGGCAGCGGCAGCGGCAUAGACCAAACGGAACGGUAGCGGGAGCGGGUGGCACGGGGGGAACGUGGGGAGGGGCGGGAGAGGAGGCGGAGGAGUUGGAGGCGGAGAUGAGGCGGCGGUUCAGCGUGGUGGUGCAGUCGCAGGUGGGGGGGGGCGAGGAGGAGGACGGACCGCUGGAAGGGGAGGCCGAUAGGUGCAUGUCCGACCACGUAGGGGCGGCCAAGUUUGUCCUCUCCUCUGGCCGAACGCUAUCAGCGGUCAACUUGUGCUCAUGCCUGCCCCUCCUCGGCCCCCCUCUCACCCUCGCCCUGCCUUGUCUGCAUCCCCUCUCGUUCCCCUUGUUGCUCUGUGUGCUCUGUGUUCCUCUGUGCUCCUCUGUGCUCCCCUGUGUUCCGCUGUGCCGCACUCUACUGCUGCAUGCAUCAGAGGGACUGCCAGCGCCCAAGAAAAAGCCGACCAUAGACGAUGAGUUUGAGCAGUACUUUGCGCAGCUGCUCCUCUAG